AUGGCGUUUCCGUUUCUAACUUCUUAUAAUGGGGAUGCUGAAGACGGCAAGUCUAAACGGGGAUUGUAUGAGGGCCCUGAUGAAGACCUGGCUGCUAUGCUUGAAAGGGAUGUGUUGGACUCUACUCCUGGUGUCCGUUGGGAUGAUGUUGCAGGUUUGUCUGAAGCCAAAAGGCUGCUUGAGGAGGCUGUUGUCCUUCCUUUAUGGAUGCCUGAAUAUUUUCAGGGUAUCCGGAGACCGUGGAAAGGAGUACUCAUGUUUGGUCCUCCUGGAACUGGUAAAACUCUGUUGGCAAAAGCGGUUGCAACAGAAUGUGGUACCACCUUCUUCAACGUCUCUUCUGCUACAUUAGCUUCAAAAUGGCGCGGGGAGAGUGAGCGGAUGGUGAGAUGUUUGUUUGAUCUUGCCAGGGCAUAUGCUCCAAGCACAAUUUUUAUUGACGAGAUCGACUCUCUUUGCAAUUCUCGUGGGGGUUCUGGAGAGCAUGAGUCGUCAAGAAGGGUGAAAUCGGAACUCCUAGUCCAAGUAGAUGGAGUGAGUAAUACAGCGACAAAUGAAGAUGGAAGUCGCAAAAUAGUGAUGGUGUUAGCAGCUACCAAUUUCCCAUGGGACAUUGAUGAAGCUCUCAGGAGGAGGCUGGAAAAACGUAUAUACAUCCCACUUCCAGAUUUAGAAAGUCGCAAGGCUCUUAUCAAUAUCAAUCUGAGAACAGUUGAGGUGGCGAGUGAUGUAAACAUUGAAGAUGUGGCUAAGAGAACGGAAGGAUACAGUGGAGACGAUCUGACAAACGUGUGCAGGGACGCCUCAAUGAACGGGAUGAGGCGGAAGAUAGCAGGGAAAACGAGGGAUGAGAUAAAGAACAUGUCAAAGGACGAUAUCUCCAACGAUCCUGUCGCUAUGUGUGAUUUCGAAGAGGCCAUUAAGAAAGUGCAACCCAGUGUGUCUUCCUCCGAUAUCGAGAAACACGAGAAGUGGUUCUCUGAGUUUGGAUCUGCUUAA